CAAAAUCAAACUUGAUUAAUAAAGUAAUUAGGAAUGAAUCAUUCCAAAACCCGCUGUAAAGGCAGUCGGUAGUAGUCGGCAGUCGACAGUAAAGAGUGAACCCCAUCACUCACUCUCUCUCCUCUCUUCUCAUCUCCACCAUUAAAACCCCUUUAAAUUCUUCACUGUUUCAGCUCCAAAUUUUGAGCUUUCUCAACUUGGUACAUUUCUUGUCUCUCUUUCUUUAACCCAUUUUCAUUUUUUUUGGAUCUUGUAUUACAAGAUAAAUUUGAGAGGGUGGUUGCGGUUUGGGUAAAAGGAUGGCGUCGGGAAGGUAUACUCGCAUUGAUGCGAGGGGAAAGUCGUCGAACUACUGUUCGACCAUUGUUGUUGUUGUGAUUGUGGCAGCAUGUUUAGUCGGGGCCUGGAUCACGAUGUCCUCAUCGGUAGACCCUACUGGUUAUGUUGGUAUGUCUGUAGGAAAGGAUGCCAAGCAACAUAUAGCGAGUGAAAAAAGUUCUAGGGAGUUUGAGGAUAAUUCAGGCGACUUGCCUGAGGACAGCCUUAAGGGGAAUAUCGAACAGGCCAGUGAGAGGGAUGAGAGUGACUCGAAGUCACAAGAAAAUGAAAAUGUAGUCCAAGAGUCUGAGAACUCGGGUGAAUCGGGUCAGCAGGAGAAGCCAGAGAAAUCGGGUUCUGAUGAGGAUGAGAGGGUUGAUGCCAAUAAGGAAAAAGAAGUUGAGUCUGCAAAGGAUGAAGAUGUCAAAAACGCGGAAGAAGACUCAAAUACCGGAGGAGAUGAGACAACUGAAAAAAUUAAACAAGAAUCUGAGGAAAAUAAUGAUGACAGUAAAAUCAAAACUGAUGAAGCUGAAGAGAAAUCUGAAUCAGAGGAGAGUUCUGAAGGUGCAAAGGAAAAGACAGAUGACAGUAAACUCAAAACUGACGAAGCUGAAGAGAAAUCUGGAUCUGAGGAGAGUUCUGAAGGUGCAAAUGAAAAGAUAGAGGAAGUGAAGGAUGAAACUGAUAGUCAAAGCCAGGAGCAAGUUAGUACAGAAAGUGAGUCCAAGGACAAAGCAGAGUUACUUGAUGAAACUUCCACUCAGACCGGGGCUUGGUCAACUCAAAAAGCUGAGUCAGAAAAACAGAAAGUCUCUGAGAAAUCCUCAGACUCAUCGUCUGAGGACCAAAAGGCCUACAAAUGGAAACUCUGUAAUGUCACUGCUGGGCCAGAUUAUAUUCCUUGCCUUGACAACAUUCAAGCUAUCAAAAGGCUUCCCAGUACAGGUCAUUAUGAACACCGAGAGAGGCACUGCCCUGAGGAAGCUCCCACAUGCCUUGUUCCUCUGCCUGAGGGGUAUAAAACUUCAGUGAGGUGGCCUAAAAGCAGGGAGAAGAUAUGGUUUGCCAAUGUUCCCCAUCUCAAGCUUGCAGAAGUGAAGGGACAUCAGAAUUGGGUACAGGCUUCUGGGGAGUAUAUCACAUUUCCUGGUGGUGGGACUCAAUUUGUGCAUGGUGCUACACGCUACAUUGAUUUCAUUGAAAAGACUCUUCCUGAUAUUGCCUGGGGGAGGCGAAGUCGUGUUGUUUUGGAUGUAGGAUGCGGUGUAGCUAGUUUUGGAGGAUUUCUUUUUGACAAGGAUGUACUCACUUUGUCACUGGCUCCCAAAGAUGAACAUGAAGCCCAAGUGCAAUUUGCUCUUGAAAGAGGAAUACCAGCUAUAUCUGCUGUCAUGGGUACAAAGAGAUUACCCUUCCCCAGCAACGCCUUUGAUAUCGUUCAUUGUGCACGCUGCAGGGUCCCUUGGCAUGCAGAAGGUGGUAAACUGCUUUUGGAACUUAAUCGUGUCUUGCGCCCGGGAAGCUACUUUGUAUGGUCUGCCACUCCAGUUUACCGUAAAGAUGAUGAGAAUGUGGCCAUUUGGAAAGCUAUGUCCAAGCUAACUAAGUCAAUGUGCUGGGAGCUUCUGAAAAUCGGGAAAGAUACUGUAAAUGGAGUAUCUGCAGCAAUAUAUCGUAAACCUAUGUCCAAUGAUUGCUAUGAGAAUAGAAUGAAGAGUGAGCCUCCACUUUGUCAAGAAUCUGAUAACCCAAAUGCAGCCUGGGAUAUACCAAUGGAGGCAUGUUUACACAAAGUGCCAACAGAUCCAUCGGAACGUGGAUCUCAAUUGCCUGCUAAGUGGCCAUCAAGGCUGGAUAAAACUCCUUACUGGUUAAAAGAGACUGAAGCUGGGGUUUAUGGCAAAGCAGCUCCAAAGGAUUUCAUUGCUGACAAUAAGCACUGGAAACGUGUUGUUGCUGAUUCUUACAUGGAUGGUAUUGGCAUCGAUUGGUCUUCGGUGAGAAAUGUGAUGGACAUGAGAGCUAUAUAUGGAGGAUUUGCUGCAGCUUUGAAGGACCUGAAACUUUGGGUUAUGAAUGUAGUUCCUGUCACCUCACCAGACACCCUGCCGGUUAUCUAUGAACGAGGUUUAUUUGGUAUAUAUCAUAAUUGGUGUGAGUCAUUCAAUACCUACCCAAGAACAUAUGAUCUUCUUCAUGCUGAUCAUCUCUUCUCAGAUCUCAAGAAAAGGUGUAAUCUUAAGGCAGUUAUGGCAGAAGUAGACAGAAUUCUAAGGCCAGAAGGAAGUUUGAUUGUAAGAGACAAUGCCGAAACCAUAGCUGAGGUGGAGAGCAUGGCGAAAUCCCUACACUGGAAGAUCAAAUUUACGUUCUCAAAAGACAAUGAAGGAUUACUUAGUGUUCGGAAGACAAGAUGGCGUCCCUCUGAAGUAGAAACUAUUAGGUCAGCCAUAGCUUAGCUUCCAAUGGCCGGGUUAUCAUAGCUUGGGAAAAUACGCUGUUUCGGAAUGGGUAUCUAUAUUCUUUUAUUGAUUUAGCAGCACUGGUUCUCAAGAAUGCGGAGGUUAUAUAUGUGUAGCAAUCUUAUACAGUAGUCGUCUAAAAAGAUAGCACAAUUAUCCAAGUAAGUAUUUUUCAUGGUUGAUUUACUUGAUAGUUUGUAUUCCACUAAUCCACUUAACCCUAUAAAAAUUGAGGGAAGUGGACUUAGUAAUUUUUAUGUUUUGACCCUAAGACAAAUAAUGCUUAAAAUAGUAAAAGUUCAUUAUCUUUUGUUCCUUA